UAGUCAAUAGGUUCUAGUACACGUAACGUAGUGACAUGUUUACUAUGUUUGAGUGUGUCAUUCCAUGACUAGUGCUUUUUGCCUACUCUAAUGGAGGACGAAACUGACAUAGAGGCCCCAUCCAGCUGGAUCCGGUGGCCUUCCUGGAGACCGACGUCCGCGUCCCUCCUGAAGAGCAUCGAGGCAAAGAUCCUGGCCUGUAUUCAGAAUGACCUCUGGGCCAGGUAUGUGACCUUACCGAGCCAGGACAGGAUAUGGACCCUCACGGUGGCAAACAAGAACUCCCGCAUGCAGUCAGUGUCAGGCUCUCAGACACCCCUGGUGAUGGUCCAUGGCUUUGGAGGUGGGGUCGGUCUUUGGAUUCAAAACCUGGACUCUCUCUGUCACUCGCGCAUGCUCCACGUGUUCGACCUGCUGGGCUUUGGUCGCAGCUCGCGGCCCCAUUUCCCCUCGGACGCGGCCCUGGCUGAAGAGCAGUUUGUGCGCUCCAUCGAAGAAUGGAGGGCAACCUUGGGUGUGCAGCAUAUGGUCCUACUGGGCCACAGUCUGGGGGGUUACCUGGCAACAUCUUAUGCCAUCCAGUACCCUGAGAGGGUCGCUCAUCUCAUCCUGGUGGACCCCUGGGGAUUCCCUGAGCGCCCCAAGCUUGGCAGUGAAGCCGAGACAGGGGGUCAAGGGUCAGCAGUGAAGAGGCAGGCCCCUCCCCGAUGGGUGAAAGCAGUGGCAUCAGUGGUGUCUCUGUUCAACCCUCUGGCAGUCAUCCGAGCAGCAGGACCCUGGGGACCAGGGCUGGUGAAUAGAUUCCGUCCAGAUUUCAAAAGCAAGUUUGAGGACCUGUUUGAUGACACCACCAUGACUGAGUACAUCUACCACUGUAAUGCCCAGAGCCCAAGUGGAGAAGUGGGCUUCAGGGCCAUGUCCGAGUCCUUGGGCUGGGCCAAGAGACCUAUGCUGCAAAGAGUUCACCUGCUGUCCCCCACCCUGCCUGUCACCCUGCUGUAUGGGUCACGAUCCUGGGUGGACAGCAGCUCUGGACUUCACAUGGAGGAUCUGAGACCCAAGAGCUAUACUCACACUGUGGUCAUAGAUGAUGCCUCUCAUCAUGUCUACGCUGAUCAGCCACAGGAGUUCAACAGGGUGGUGCAGAAUAUAUGUAGUUCUGUAGACUAACAGCCUGUGCAUGUGAGAGAGAGAUACUAAGGAGUGUUUGUGUGUGUGUCUUGGUCUGUCGGGCAGCAGAGCAGAAGUUUGUAAGGAGUCUGAUUUCAGUGUUUGACCUUGAAGACCCAGAAUGGGGAGACAAUGCAAACAUUUGAAUAGUAUAAUACAGUGUAUACAUAUUGAAAAUGCUGUUGUAAUUCCAGCAGGGAAACAAUUUAUGCAUCUUUUGAAUGCAGAACUUCGUAAUUGUUUUUUAGUUUAAUAAGCUUCAGAUGAGGGUUGGCAAAAUGCUCUCCAGCUACCAUAUACUGGGAACAACAUAAGGGGAGUUUGAUUUUUGAAUUAGGCAAUUUCACUGAAUGAAAAUAUCCCAGUGUUAAUGGUACCUUCCAGAAACCAGUGUCUCUGAUAUCGUGGUGCAGCAAAUCUGACUGAUUCUUUGAAGGAGGAAAAAAGCAAUGCUGAAACUGUAUUGCGGUGCAGCACUUGUGGUACUGUAUGCAGUGUAUGUCUUUUGGGAUGUACUUCAACAUGUACUCUGUGAUUAACGGGACCAGGGGGCUCUUCUUGGGGUGCGAGUUCCUGGUGCUGUGAUGUCAGGGCCAUCAGUAACGCUGCUUUCAUACUUCUUUUUUCUGUGUCUGAUCCCAUUUUACCAUGUAGAAACAG